AUGGAUGCGGACGCUGAGGUUCGGCACUAUAUGGACAAGCGGUAUACGAGAGAGUACUCGAAGAGGAGGGGCAUUCCCUGGAGUACAGCUGACUCUCGCUUAAGGGGAUCACAAGGGAAUUUGGCUACAAUCAAAGAGCCAUCAAUUCCCAGUCCUGACUAUUCGCCGAUACGAGAGCUGGAGGGAAGAGCUGUCGAGGAGUUGGCUAGAGCAAAAAUUCUCGAAGUCGACGAAGAGCUUGAGCAAAUCGAG